AUGCCUGCGGUGGAGGUGCCGGUGAGGUCACAGAGGAGGGCGGGCGGGCGGGUGUCGGAGCUUUGGCCCGAGGGCCGGUUCGUGCGCGUGCUCAGUGUCGGCUUCACGCGGGACGAGCCGGAGCGUUUAAACUUUCCCUCGUCCGCGGGACCAGCCUCGACCGGCCGCGCGCCUUCCCGCUUCCCGCUGCCCGUGGGCGGUGGGCGGGAUCUGAGCCGUUACUUAUUUGGAAGUUGGUGUCAUCUGGAGCCAGCGGGUGUGACGCUGGCAAGUGGCGUCCCUUCGCCUGGGGCGGGCGCCAUGAUCUCUCAGCUCUUGGAGCAGCUGGGGAUGAGCGGCGGCGUCGAGCCUCCGCCACCGCCACCACCACCAGUCUCAUGGUGGAGACAGCCGCCCGCAUCGCCGAAACCACACUACACCCGGACGGGUGAAGUCGUCUAUCAAUUACUGUCACUCUUGUGGACCACCGACGAGGGGGUUGCCAUCGCGGUGACCCUAGGGUUGUUCGUGGUCACCUACAUCCUUGCCGGACGCUUGGCGUCGUAUCUUUGCAGGAGCAAGUGGUUGAAGGAGCCACAGCUCCCCGAGCAGCCUACCCUGAGAAGGAAGAAGCGGCGGGCACCGUGUCAAAAGUGCCGUUUACGUAAAGAGCAGAAGAAGACUCAAUGUCGUUGGAAACCUGGAAUUAACGAAUCAACCGGCAAUGAGCAAGAAACACAAAAGUGUAGUCCCGUGUCGUUACAUAAUACUGAGCGUGGCUUUCAUUGCAAGAAGCAAAAACAACAUAAUGCAAUCCAAGUGUUGGAGAAAAUAAAGUUUGAUGAAACCAGACACGGCACAGAUGACAACAAAACAGCAAAUGAAAAUGCCAUUGAUGUACCCAUUUUGGACCAUCCGGGUUAUGACUGCUGUGGGAAAAAAUCUAAUAAUUCAGGUGCAACAGUCACAGCUGAUAAAUUAAGUUCCCAUAAGUCCAGAUCUAUUUCUAAGAACAGGUUGCUUGGGAAGCAUGCUUCAGUUGGAACAAAUACUUCUGACCAAUUUUCUUCAGAUGAAAUAUGGAGAAUGACUCCUAGUGGUUCAUGGACAAAUACCGAUCAGUAUCUUGAUACUAAUGAAUAUUUGAACCACAAACAUUCAGAUUCAUCAAAGAAUAACAUUGCAUACAAAGAAUCCGGUUACGAUGGUGACAUUUCAGAGAAAUAUUCAGUAUAUUCAUGCUUGAAGGAUGGUGAGACGGCAAAGUCUAAAGAAACACCUGGUGAGAUUGCCAAAGAGACAGGAACACAGUUAUCAACUUCUGAAUUGUGUCUCAGUAAUAGCAUGCAAACAGCUAAAACUACUUACAGUAAUGUAACCACAGUGAAUGAAAACCCCUGUGUUAAUGCAAACAAGCUGACACCUCAUUCAGUGGUACAAACUCCAGUUUUCUCUUCACUUACUCCAAUGUUGACACCAGAGGUCUUUGAAUCCAUUUCAUUGUCCAGUAGUGAUGGGUGUUCAGCGAAUAAACAAAUAGAAUCAUUAAUACAUUUGAAUGACAUCUAUCACUUGGAGGAAAAAAAUGCAGAGAUUAAAAAUACUGAUUUUGACACAAGUCCAUUAGCUCAGGAAGUUGCUUUUUCACAAGAAAAUUAUGAAAAAAUUGAGUUCAUCCAGGUCAAAAAUGGUUUUCAAUCAGUUGCAGAACAUUUGGAAAUUACCAGAAGUAAUCAGGGAAUAACUGAUAAAGAUUGGCAGACAGAAAGUGGGGUUUAUCAAACGUUGAAAUCUGAAGCACCAUCAUUCGAUGAAAGACAGGUUACUUGCUUCAAUAUAAAUUUGGGGAAACAUGCAACUCACAAAUGGAAUGGUCUUGUUCAAUAUUCUGCUGAAACACAGAAAUCUCCAGAAGUUCCUCUUGACGAUGAUUCAAUUGAAUUAGUUGAAAUUAAAGCAUACGAUGUUGAAAAAUCAUCAAUAUAUCAUAAUCAAAUGUCUCGCUUUGAAGUGAAACUAGCUGAAGACAAAGUAAACUCCUUUGAAGACAUUAAAAAAAUUGGUAAAGCAAAACUCAAUGAAAACAAUGAUUAUCAGGAAUCCCAUUUGGGAAGGAAAAUUCUGCAGAACGGAUCAAACAUUUUUGGGAUCAAACAACAAUUUGAAGAGUUGUCUAAUUACCAUACUGCUCAAACCAUUAAUGAAACUGAUGCACUGCAACAACAAUCGUAUUCAGCACAUCAGCCAGCAAAAAUAGAGUCUGAGCUGUUGAAUAAAUCUGUUAUACAAGAAAUGGAUAUUUCAAAUAAGACUAUUGAGAUUACUAGACCAGGAAGCUUACCAUUUAUUAAGAAAGAUGCUAUUAAAUAUAUGGAGAGGAACUUUAAGAACAGACUCAUUGCUAAUUUCUGGGAAUAUCCAAGUAAUACUGAAAAAUCAGCAAGAGCGAUAACUUCCCGAGGAGCCUUAACUGUAAGGAAUGUCCAAAGCGACCCAGUUGUCAUGGAUGAAAAAAUGAGAAACUGUCUCAAAUGGCAGAUCGCACAGAGAGAGUUUCAACACAGCUGGGAUUUAUCCUCCGAUUUUGAGAAACCUACAGAGGACCUUGUUUUGGCUUCACCAAAAUGUAUUCCUAUGCAGUUAAUUGAUGGUGGUGUUAUUAGCAAUGAAUUGUCAUUCAUAACUGUAGAACAUAAAAAUAUGAUUGAAGGAAAUGUGAAGAGGAAAAUUGCAAGUAAUAAAUUUGAUCUCCAGCAAUCAUUGGAUUAUAUUAUUGCUGCACCGCCACAGUCAGAAAACCUGGAACAGAAUAACUCAUUGUUGGGGGACACUGAUAAACAAUACCCUUUUAAAAUGAUUCCUCAUCGGGAAGAUAUUAAGGGAAGGGAAAAAAUCUUCCCAUCUCCUGAUGGUGGUACUAGGGAUGGAGAGAGAAACAAGUUAAAAGAACUAUCUGUUACCACAUUAAAGCUAAAUGAGACAAGUCAAUUAGAUAUAUGCUUGGCAAAACAGCAGGUGGAACUUGAAUUAGAUGGUUUACUCAAUGUGGUUAGGGAAGCAGAUGAACAGUUUGAUUGUCCAGUAACAAAGCAACGUUUACCCAAGUUAAUCUGUGUUGGGAAUGGAUAUAAAAAAUCAAGACCUUUGUCUAUACACUUUAUGGAACGUGAUGCUGUUGAUCGUAUAGCAAUUAACUUAAGACAAAAGCUUAUUUUGAGUGUGUGGGAUUAUCCCAAUUCAUUUGAAAGGUCAUUGGAAACAAUGAUCCCGAAAGCACCACCUGUACCUCCUCCAAUUAAAGCAAGAGCAACUAAAAUCGAGCUCAUUGGUAUGGAAAUAGAUUUCAUUGAAAAGAAAACUAGAAAUCAUUUGGAAAGGCACAUUGUUCGAAGAAAACGUGAACUUAAUGGUGCUGUACCAUCAGCAAUUCAAAGAUCAAGAGAUAUAUUCAUGCCUCCUGCCCCCAAAUUGAUAGAUUCUCAACAAAAGUCACCAACUGAACAAUCAUUCAAUAGUAUCGAGUAUAUGAAAAUAUUGGAGGUCAAUUUAAAGAAGAGGAUAAUUAAUCAUAAACAUGGUCUUCCUAAUGGUGGUCAGGAGUCUAUAAUAAAUGUUAUGGAUUCUAAUUCAAUGAAAGAUACCAUUGCAUCUUCAGACUUCAUAAAUGGAAGAAACAUAUUAACCGGCAACUCGGAUUAUUCUAAGAGGACACUAAGAGACGAUAACAGAAUGAGUACUGAACAAACCAAAGUAUUUACAGAUAAACUGGAAAUGUGCAUAAGGAAACAAUGCUUAGAAAUCAACAUGGGUUAUUUUCCAGAAAUAGUAAGAGAGAUGUACAAUGUCACAUAUUCUUGUAAAUCGAAGAGUACAUUACCAAAAUUAAUUGCACCUGGUAGAGGUUAUAAGAAAUCACGACCACCUUGUAUACAUUUUAUUGAGCAAGAUUUAAUUGACCGUUUGCAGCUCAACUUAAAGCAUAAACAGAUUUCCUAUCUGUGGAGGCUUGAAACCUUGCAUAAAAGGUCAUUCGAAAUGAUGACUUCUAAUGGACAAUGGAUUCUGCCAUCCAACAAGAUAACUGUUAAGAAAGUAGUACCUGUAGCUCUAAAAACACAUUUCAUUUCUAAUGAUACUAGAUCACUUUUAGAGCAGCACAUGACACAGAGAAAGCUUCAACAUAACUGGAGUGUGCCACUGCAUAUUCAGAGAUCCCAACAGGCAUUCAUUCCACCUGCUCCAAAACUGAUUGUUUCUCAGCUGAAGCCACAGCCCGAUUUUGAUAUAAAUGUUAUUCCAAUUGAACCCACAUUUUUAUCUGCUGAAAACAAGAACAAAUUGGAGCUGACUGUAAAGAGAAGGAUAAUAAAUCAUCAUUUUGGUCUCCCUAAGUUUGUUCAUUUGUCAAUGGAGAGCUUUAUUCCUCAUGCUCCAUCUCCAAGCCCUGUCAGGCCACAAUUAGGAAUAGCAGAAAAUGAGUCAUUAAUCAAUGAUAUAUGUAAAGCUGUUUGUUUGCCAAGCAAGCAUCUACAACUCAAGGGGGGGGAAUUGACUGUGCCACAAUGUGAACAAAGUAGCAAAUUUGAGAAGGCAAGUAAAAACAGAAUCUUGCCAAGCUUUGAUUUCCUUAAAUCGGAACAUAAAGAUAAAUUAGCUAUGUGUUUAAUUAAACAAUGUCUCAAUAUAAAACUGAAUUAUUUACCAUCAAUUGUACAAGAACACUACAAAAAUACAUAUGCUUCAGAACCAGAAAAAACCUCAUUCAAACUUCUCAGGCCUGGUGAAGGUUUUAAGAAAACAAGGUCAGCAUAUAUCCCAUUUUUUGAAUGUGAUGCUAUUACUCGCUUGGAAAUGAACAUGAAGAAUAAACAUAUUUCCCACCUUUGGGGAUUUCAGACUUUACAUGAGAAGUCAAUGGAAAUAAUGAUCCCAAAAGGUCCACCUGACUUCCCAGCAAUCAAAGCAAAUAAAGCCCAAAUAGAGGCUGCAUCAAUGGGAACUCUUUUCAUUAGCAGGGAUGUCAGAUGUCAAUUAGAAUGGCAGCUAACUCAAAAGAAACUUCAACACAAUUGGGGCUUCCCACUUCAUUAUCAGAAAUCAAUGGAAACAUUCAUUCCAGCUGCUCCAAAGCUGGUUUCAUCACAGUUAAACUCACAAGUUGAUUUCAUGGUGGUUAAUACUCCUUGUAAAUUGCCAUUUGUUGAUUGUGAAAUUAGUAAAAAAAUUGAGUUAAAUAUAAAGAAAAAGAUCAUCAAUCAAACAUGGGGACUUCCAACCCUUAUUCAAUCAUCGUUAGAAACCUUUAUGCCUCGUGUACCACCAGUGAAUAAAAAGCCUUCAGAAGCUGUGCCAAGGAAGAAGUUAAAGACUGAUAACAUUAAAAUCAAAGAGCCUUAUAAAACUGAAAAUCUACAGAAAAAAAUUGUGCAACAAAAACAAAAUAAGUUGACCUCAGCACAUCAUGAAAGAAAGAGAAAGAAAUCAAAGACAAAAAAUUCAGGGGGGAAAUUUAUUUUUGCUCAACUCAAACAAGAAGAUAAACAUAAAUCAGAUGUCUGUGUGACAAAACAAAGUCUAGAAAUUCACAUGAACGCUUUGCCAAAAUGUGUGACAAAGUUUUAUAAAAGCACAUAUCCUCCAUUAUCAAAGAGAUCAUUACCACGCCUUAUUAUGCCUGGAAGUGGAUUUAAAAAGCCAGUACCAUCACAUAUAUCUUUCAUUAAACAAGAUAUUGUUGAUCAACUGGAACUUAAUUUAAAACACAAACAAAUGAACCAUCUCUGGGGACUUGCAUCUCCUUAUGUUGAAUCUUUGACAAUGGUGAUUCCUGCAGGACCACCUGUACCUCCACCAGUCAAAGCAAGUGGAGCUCAAAUAGAACCUGUAGGGAGAGAAAUUAAUUUUUCUGCUGAUGUUCGAAAAGAUCUUGAAAUGCAUGUUACACAGAAAAAACUUCAGCACAAUGGUGGCUUGCCAUUACUUAUUCAAAAAUCUGAAAAUAUAUUUAUUCCACCUGCUCCCAAGCUAAUGUUGUCAGAGUUAAAAUCCCAGCCUGAUUUUGAGUUUACCAUUUCUGUACCUGAACUGACAUUCCUAAAUGAAGAACAUAAAAGAAUAUUGGAGUUCAAUAUAAAGAAAAGGAUUGUAAAUCAUAAAUGGGGCCUUCCUAAGGUUGUUCAAUCAUCUUUGUGUAAUUUUAUGGCUCCAGCUCCAUCAAUGAAGAAGUCCUUAGGUCUCAAACUAAAGCAUAAAAAUAAGUUAAAUGUAUGUUUAACCAAGCAAAGCCUAGACGUUAAAAUGGACUAUUUACCCGAUGUGGUAAAAGAGUUCUACAAAAAUACCUAUGGUGUACCAUUAAAAAAACCUCUUCCAAGAUUAAUUGCAUGCAAUGAAGGAUUCAGGAAACCAAGACCCGUGUGCAUACCUCUCAUUGAACAGGAUGUUGUGGAUUGUAUAGAAUUGAACUUAAAACACAAACACAUUAACCAUCUUUGGGCACUUGACACAAAGUAUGAAAUGUCAAUCAAAAUGAUCAUUCCUAGAGGACCUAAUGUACAGCCAGAUAUUAGAACAAAAGGAGUUCAAAGAGAACUUGUCGGUGUGGAAACAGUUUUCAUUGAAGUGGAAAUAAGGGACAUGUUAGAAUGGCAUGUAACACAGAAAAAACUUGAGAACAACUUGGAUUUACCAUUACACAUUCAGAAAUCAAUUCCUUCUGCUCCAAAACCAGUCUCUAGUCAGUCAAAACAGCAUUGCUUUAAUGAUGUGGCAGUUGCAUCCGAGGAGCCAGUUUUCAUAAAUUCUGAACAUAGGAAAUGCUUGGAACUGAACAUAAAGAAAAAGAUCAUAAAUCAGAAAUGGGGGCUCCCAAAUCGUAUUCAGUUAUCCAUGAAAGAAUUUAUGCCUUCACCUCAGCCUUUGCAAAAUUAUGCUCUAAAAUCUAAAACCAUGAAAGGAUGUGAAGAAUUUAAUUCCAAAAUGAUACUGAGAGCUACGAAAGAAACUUUACACUCUAAAAACGCAAACAUUAGGAAGAUAAGUGCAUCUCCACAUUCUGUCAAACUCAAGAAAGAACAUAAGUGGAAGCUCAAUACCUGCUUGUUGAUGCAAAUUCUCAAUAGUAAAAUGCAUUGCUUACCAGAGAUUAUACAGGAAUCUUUAAACAAUUCUUAUCCUGCAGUAUUGAAAAAUACAUUAACAAAACCAGUUAUGGUAAAUGAAGGAUUUAAAAAACAAAGACCAUGGCACUUACCUUUUGUUGAGCAAGAUGCCAUCGAUCAUUUGGAACAGAAAUUAAAGCACAAACAGAUUAUCCAUCUUUGGAAACUUGAAACUCAACAUGAUAAAUCUAUGGAAGUCAUGAUUCCUAAAGGACCACCCCUGCCUCCAGCAAUCAAAGCAAGUGGGGUUAAAAUAGAACUGGAGGGUACAGAAGCAUCUUUCGUUGCCCGUGAUAGUAGAGACAGACUGGAGUGGCAUAUCACACAGAAAAAACUACAACAACAUUGGGGCUUACCACCGCAUAUUCAAAAGUCAGCAGAAUGUUUUAUUCCGUCGGCCCCAAAACUGAUUCCACCCCACCUAAAUCUAAAACCUAGCUUUGGAGUAAUGGUUGCUACAAAUGAACUGCCAUUUAUGAAUAAAAAACAUAGGAAAUUAUUGGAAUUUAAUGUAAAGAAGAAGAUAAUAAAUAAUAAAUUGGGCAUCCCAACACUUAUUCAGUCAUCAUUAAGAGACUUCAUGGGUCUAAAUUGUUUGAGGAAUGAGCCGGAGCAUCAGUCAGGUAUACAAAUAGCCAGAAAACCAGGGUCCUGCGGCAUAAAUAUAGAAAAUAAAGUUGAAAUCCCUUCACAGAAGACCGAAACGACAACAUGUUUACAGCAUAAAAAGGAUAGCCAAAACACAAAACCAUAUAAAACAAAAGUAGCAGAUAUUUUUGGAAACUUUCAACAAGAAAGUAUUGAUAAAAUAGAUGUGUGCAUAAGAAAAUCACAUCUAGAAAAUAAACUGCAUGGUUUGCCAGAAAUGGUAAAGCAGAUGUAUAAGGAAAAUUAUCCUUCUGAAAGUACAAAGAAAGUAUUAAAGAAGAUUAUUGUACCUGGGGAAGGAUGCAAAAAAAUCCGUUGCUUGUAUAUAGCUUUUAUUGAACAAGAUGCGGUUGAUCGCUUAGAACUGAAUCUAAAACAUAGACUGAUUCUCUCUCUUUGGGGGCUUGCUACACCAUGUGAAAAAUCAAUAGAAAUGAUGAUUCCUGAAGGUCCUCCUGUGUUUCCAGCAGUCAAAUCUGCUGAAGUUAAAAUAGACCCUAAGGGAAUGGAAAUACUUUUCAUUGCUAGCAAAGUGAGGGAAACCCUUGAAAGUCAUGUUAUGCAGAAUAAACUUCAAAGAACCUGGGGCUUGCCAAUAUAUGUUCAAAGGUCAGAAGAAGCAUUUAUACCAAUUGCUCCAAAAUUAAUAUCAUCGCAUUUAAAACCUCAGCCUGCAUGUUCAGUGGUUAUUGUUCCAAGCAAACUGUCAUUUCUUCAUGAUGAUCAUAAGAAAUUAUUGGAGAAGAAUGUAAAGAAAAAGAUCAUAAAUAGCAAGUUUGGUCUUCCCACACUCAUUCAAUCAUCUUUGAAUAUGUUUACAGCUGCUUCCUCAGAUUUAUACAAUCUCACCAAUAUGGACAAGGAAAGACAAAUGAUUCCUCAGCAUACAUUUCCAAUCAUCAAAUGUGGAGAAUUAUCUUCAUCACAAGAGAGAAUUUAUGAUAGAAGCAAGAAAUCUAAAAAAAUAGAUGAUCUUUCACGUAUUCGCCUCUGCCCAGAGACGAAACACAUCUUGGAGAAUUGUGUACUAAAGUUAUGUCUGGAAAAUAAAAGUGGUUACUUUCCGGAAAUGGUAAGCAAGUUCUACGAAAGCACUUAUUCUUCACAACCAAACAAGCCUUUGCCAAAGCUUAUUGCACCUGGCAGAGGAUUUAAAAUAUCAAGACCAUAUUACUUACCUUUUAUUGGGCAAGAUACUGUUGAUCAAGUGGAGUUGAAUUUAAGGCAUAAAAACAUUAUCCAUCUCUGGAAAGUUCCAAAUUUAUAUGACAUAUCCAAAGAAAGAAUGAUUUCUAAAGGACCGCCUGUUCCUCCAGCAGUCAAAGGAAGUGGAGCUGUAUUCUACUCUGAGCAUUUGGAAAUAGGUUUAAUUGAAGAUGAGGUGAAGGACAAACUAGAAUGGCACAUUACACAGAAAAAACUUCAGCAUCACUUUAGAUUGCCAUUACCAAUUCAAAAAUCACAAGAAGCAUUUAUUCCUUAUGCUCCAAAGCUAAUUCUGUCACAGCUAAAAAUAGUGUACAAGAUGUAUGAAGCAACUUUCACUCCAAUUUCAAAAAGGCCAUUUCCAAAACCAAUUGCACCUGGUAAAGGAUUUAAAAAACCGAGAUCAUUGUACAUAUCUUCUAUUGAACACGAUGUUGUUGACUGCUUGGAGUUGAACUUAAAGCAUAAACACCUUACUCAUCUGUGUGGAAUUACAACACUUUUUCAAGAAUCAGUAGCAUUGAUGAUUCCUAAAGGACCACCGGUCCCUGCAGCAAUCAAGGCAAGUGGAGCUCAAAUAGAACACAUAGGUAUGGACACAACAUUCAUUUACAGUGAAAUUAAAGAUAGACUGGAAUGGCACAUUGUGCAGAAAAAACUUCAGCACAACUGGGACGAUCCAUCUCUUAUUCAAAUAUCACAAGAAACAUUUAUACCACCAGCACCAAAAUUAAUUGCAUCUCAGCUAAAACCACAGGUGGAUUUUUCAUUGGUUAUCUUCCGAGCAGAAACAAUCUUCCUUCCUGCUGCACACCGGAAAGUUCUGGAACUGAAUAUGAAGAAACGCAUUAUAAAUUGCAAAUUGGGUCUUCCAAAGUCAGUCCAGUUAUCUGUGAGAUGUUUUAUACCUGCUGCCCCGCAAAUGAAGGAUUUCAUACCACAGUGUCAAAAACAACUUGCUCCAGUUACAACGAUGUCUACUUCUACACUCACUGUUCUCUGUAUGAAAAAUGAAAGACUGCUGUCACCAAAAUUACAAAUAAACAUAAAAUCAAAAGAGAAUCACGGGGUCUCUUUUGAUAACUUUAAGGUUAAAUAUGAAGAUGUUAUAGGUCCCUGCUUAAUAAAGCAAAACUUAGAAAUAAAAAUGGGCCAUCUACCCGAUUUGGUAAGGGACUCCUACAGUGCAACUGAUGUUCAGGCAUCAGAGAAAACUUUAACAAAGGCUAUUUUACCAAGCCAUGGAUUUAAAAAAUACAGAUCAUCAAAAAUGUCUUUUAUUGUACAGAACACAAUUGAUUGUUUAGAAUUGAAUUUAAAGCACAAACAGAUUAUUCAUCAAUGGGGAUAUCUAAGCCUGCAUGAGGAAUCAAUGGAAAUGAUGAUUCCUAAAGGACCACCGUUACCUCCAAUAAUCAAAGCUAGUGGAGGCCGAAUAGAACCUCUAGGUACGGAAAUAAUCUUCAUUUCAUGUAAAACAAGGGAAACGCUGGAAUGUCAAAUAAGCCAGAAAAAACUUCAAUACAAUUGGGGCUUACCAAUACAUAUUCAGAGCUCAUUAAAUGCAUUCAUUCCACAUGCUCCAAAACUGAUUUUAUCACAGCUCAAUGCCAUACCCGACUUUAGAACAGUUGUUGUUACAUCUGAAGCUGCAUUUCUUAGUGAUGAGUGUGAGAAAAUACUGGAUCGGAAUGUAAAGAAAAAGAUCAUAAAUUGCAAAUUGGGUCUUCCCAAAGUUAUUUACUCAUCAUUAAUUCAAUUUAUGGGCAUUCCAGGUGAGAAAGACGUAAUUCUACCAUCUAAAGGUAGUAACAAAUCCAAAAUAACACAUAGUUAUAAUAUUCGUCAGAGUGAGGGUACAAACUUGUGCCUCAAAGGAGGAAAAUUGCCUCCGCAAUGUGAGGACGUUGAGAUGACUAUGCAUCAAGCAAAAGAAACAUCUUUCAAUUCACAUCUCAGGCCAGAGUGUCAAUAUAAUCUGAAUAUAAUCAUAACAAAGCAGAGUCUGGAAACUAAAAUGGAUUGUAUUCCUAAACGAGUAAAAGAUAGUCACAAAAUUGCCUAUCCCCCGGUGUCAAAGAAACCAUUAGCAAAGUUGAUUGUAUCCAGCACAGGAUUAAAAAAGACAAGGCCACAGUAUAUUCCUUUUGUUGAGCAAUUUGCUGUUGAUCAGAUAGAGAUGAACUUAAAACACCGAGAACUUUUAUGUGUCUGUGGACAUGAAACAUUAUAUGAAAAGUCAAUGGUAAUGAUGAUUUCCAAAGGACCACCACUGCCUCCAUUAAUUAAGGCGGGCAGAACUGGAAUAAAGCCUGUAGAAGGAGCAGCAUCCACUUUUGCUGAAGAAAUUACCAACGUUUUAAAUUGGCAUAUUUUGCAAAAGAAAAUGGAACAUAUUUGUGGAGCCUCAUCACAUUUUCAGAAGUCAGCUGAGGCAUUUAUUCCUCCUGCUCCAGAGCUGACAUUAACCAAGCUUAAUCCUCAGCCCAAUUUUGAAAUAGAAAUUGCAGCAGUUGAGUUAACAUUUGUAAAUAAUGAACAUAAGAAGUUAUUAGAAAUUAAUACAAAAAAGAGGAUUGAAAAUCAUAGAUGGGGACUUCCCAAGGUUAUCGAGUCAUCUUUAAAGGAAUUCAUGGCACCAGCUCCUUUAAUGAAGGAUAAGACAGUGCAGUUUAAUAUUAAGGCCAAAUGCAGAUCAAGAUUCAUUGACAUAUCAAAGAAUUAUAAAAUGUUUUCUGCUCAGCGCACCUCUCAUUUUAGCAAAGGACAGAAGAAUACUUUAGAUUGUGAAUACUUUAAGGAAAUUGUUGGAAUGAAAACAAGAGAAAUUACUGUUUUUUCAAAUGUUUUACCAGAAAGCAAAAAUAAGCUAAACAUGUGCUUAAUGAAACAAAACGUAUCUAAUAAAUUAGAUUGUGUACCUGAGCUUGUAAAAGAACUAUACCAACAGUCUUACAGUUUUUCUUUGAAGAAACCAUUAGCAAAACUCAUAACAGCUGGCAAAGGAUUUAAAAGACCAAGAUUAUCACAUAUUCUGUUUGUUGAACAGGAUAUUAUUAAUGGCUUAGAUAUGAAUUUAAAGCAUAAACAGCUUAACAAUCUUUGGGGUACAACAACUAUAUUUGACAUAUCAAUAGAAAAGAUGAUCCCUGAACCGCCAUCUAUGUUUCCAGCAAUAAAAGCAAUAGAUGCUAAAGUAGAGCAUGUUGGUAUGGAAUUAACCUUCCAGUCUGCUGAAACCACUAAAAUGUUCGAAUGUCAUAUUAAAACAAAACAAUCACAGCAGAAUUUGUGCAUACCAUUGCAUCUCCAAAGGUCAAUUGACACACUCAUCCUACUUUCUCCAAAACAAGUACCAUCCCAAUUUACUCAGCAUCUUAAUUUGGAUACUGCCCUUUCUGUAAAUGAUCUAAGAUUUAUAAAUGAAGAACAUAAAGAAGACUUGGAAAGAAAUACCGGUAAUGAAAACAUAAAUUACAGCCGGGGUGUUCUGAGUAUUAUCCAUGCAUCUUGUAAUAGUUUUAUACCUGCUGCACCAACAAUAAAAAAGGAUCUGCAACUCUUAAGGACUGACAAGAGAAGCACAAUAGAAUUGGAACAAUCUGAAUUGAGCAAAAUUGAUAUAAUUGCACCUGCUGAUCAUAGUUCAAUGACAAGCACAAAUUGCAGAGAUUUUGAUAAAAGCAGCAAUGUUAAUUGUAUGGAAGAAUCUUUUACCUGUCCAGAACCGGAAUCUAGUGAUAAAGAUGAGGUGUAUGUGGCAAAGCAAUCUUCAGAAAUGAACACAGUGGAUGAAUGUAUCUGCUCAGCCUCAAGUAAGCAUUUUCUGAAUUUGAAUACUCCGCAUACAAGUUUCAAAAAGCAAAACUUAAAAGGCAAAUGCGAUAAUCAUCUUGUAGAUUAUUCCAUUGAUUCACCUAAUUACAAGCCAAAAUCUGUGAAAACCGUUGUUUCUUCAACUUGGAUAUCCAAUCAGAAGUUGGUUGAUUUGACAUAUGAUCCAAUGGCAAUUGAAGGAUUCUGUUUAAGUCAACCAAUACAAGGGGAAAGCGUGGCUUCGUGCCCCUUGACUAUGCAAGAGGAUUUGAACUUUUAUAAACAAAAUACAGAUUCUGUUUUAUUGCCACUUCCUGGUCCUUAUGUGGAUUGUGAAGAAAUGUUAUUAAAAAUUGCAAGUGACAUUGAGAAUGAUGAGUCCUGUUCAAAACAAUUGACUGAGGAGGCAACAAUUCAUAUUCAGCAAGAUGAAGAACAUGCUUAUGUUAAAAUAACUGCAGGUGUCGUUAUUAAUCAGAAUGAAGAAAAAAACAUGGAAGUUGAUUUAUCAGGAAGGAUCUGUUCACAGCCGCCACCCACAGCAUUUUGUGAUUCCGUGGGGGAAAAAAUGAUAAUUGCAUCUCAGAUUCAUGAUGAUGGUAAUUACUUAAAUGUUUCUGAUGAAGAAUGCAGUGCGUGUUAUGAAACCCUUAAUAAAUCAUACCAUACAUCCAAAAGCCCAGUUGUGAAGAAAAAAUGUAGGAAAGCAUAUCAAAAUUGCUGUUCAAAACAAACCCAACCAGAUAUGAUUUUGGCAAAUUCAAAGACUAAGUUUUCCAGGCAAGGUUGUCAGAGAUCAAGAAAAUGUAAACACAAUGAAGAAGGGAGAAAUUCUGAGUUAGGAAGCCAAAGCUUUUGUUUUGCUGGGACAACUAAAGAAAUGCAAAACACAAUUGAGAUGACGUACAGUUCAGACACAGAUCAGAAAGGAACAUCAUUAACACAAGAGACUUCUCAGAAUCAUAAAGAUGAUAAGCAGUCUUCACAAAGUUCCACACUCCGUAGUCCAGAACGUCAACAAGUAGUGUCAAUCAAGCAUCCUCUGUUUGCAGUAAAUGAAAACUUCGAAGAUUCAUCAGUAGGAUAACGUCAAAGUCAAGGUGUUGAUGAAGCAAUUACCUUAUUACCUGCUGCUAUGAAAUGGUUACAUUAUAUGUAACAUUUCACUUGCUUAUAUAAACAUUAUAGCAAAGUGAAUAAUCUAUGAUAGUUAUGUAAUUAAAUGCAAAACUAAUAUGGAGAUAGGUUGUGAGUGGGAAAUUUUUGAAGUCAACGAUACAACAUCUUAAUUUAAUUAGUUAAUAAUAAAUUUCACAUUUUGAU